GCGCAAUCGCCAAAAUUUCCCUCCGUCCGGCAACACUGAAACAGCAACCGGACAGCGUAGGCGCCAGAAGUACGAUACCGCGUCGGUUUAUGAACUUAUAUACAGUGAGAUUUUUGUGAAUAUAUAAUAAGAAUUGUAUUACAUGAGAUAUAAUGAGUAAGUCAAAGGAAUCGUCAGCUACGGAAGGAGAAGCUGAAGAAGAAUUCAGUGUUGAAAAGGUCCUUGAUAGAAGAGUUGUGAAAGGAAAGGUGGAAUAUUUUCUUAAAUGGAAAGGUUAUUCCAAUGAUGAAAAUACAUGGGAACCUGAGGAAAACCUUGAUUGUCCUGAUUUAAUAGCACAAUUUGAAGAACAACGUAAAAAAAAAGAAGCAGCAGCUUCUGGUAAAAGACACGAAGAAAAAGAACAAAAAAAGAGAAAGAGUUCUAGCACACCUACACCAACACAAGCUAAGAAAAAAGCAACAGAAGAAAAGAAACCAGAAGGAUUUGAUAGAAAUUUAGAACCAGAGCGUAUUAUUGGAGCAACAGAUUCAAGUGGGGAACUGAUGUUUUUAAUGAAAUGGAAAGGCACAGAUGAUGCUGAUUUAGUACCUGCUCGUGUUGCUAAUGAAAAGUGCCCGCAAAUUGUAAUUAAGUUUUAUGAAGAACGCUUAACAUGGCAUAGUCCAGCUCAUGAUGAAGAAAGUUCUACAAAACCUGACCAAGAGUAGCGUUUAGUUUCACAAUAUAUGUACACAGCACGCUUUAGAAUUUGCCGCAUAUAGCGACAAAUUAUAUUGCGUGUUUUGUAAACCAUCUUCGAAAUAUAUUAAUGUUGCACUGGGAGAAUAACAAAGUCAAGCAAUUUUUUACUAAUAGUAUACUAAGUGGCUAAAUGCAAAGUACUUGCACAUCUAUUAUGACUUUGUAAGUAACAUGUUACAGUCAUAUUGUUGAAUCAAAAAUGUACUAGUAUAUAUGACAAUCUAAAAUUAAGAAUGAUUUUACUUAUUUUACCAAAAAAAAAUAUUCACAGUGCAUUAAUAAAGCGUAUUAUUUUACUGCACUACAAUAUAAAGUUAACAUUAUUAAGCAAAAAGAAGCUUAAUUGUCACUAAUAUGAUGCAAGUUUAUUUACUCUUAGUGAUUAUUUCUUUUUUUAAUACAUUUUUUGUUUGCUUGUAUUAUUAUGUAAAAAAGUAAAAUACAUGUAUUAUGUUCAAAUGAUUACAAUUAUAAGUAACAGAAUAGUACAACAGAAACGAGAUUUUUUAUUUUAGGAAAUAUUAAAUGUGUAUUUUAUCGUUUACAAGCACACAUCUAUUUAAUCAUACCAAUACUUCACAAAAAUAAAAUAUUUUAUCCUGACCAAACGACUUGGUCAAAUCUAAAAGCUUACAAAAUAUGAAAAAAUUAAUACAAGAAUUACGUUACUAUCGUUUGGUUUUCUUACUGUUUUUAUUAUUCGAUAUUUUGACGCGUUUUCGUUUCUUUCUAUCAAAAGAUCUAGUAAGUUUCUGAUUUCUUUUUGUUUCCCAAUCUAUUUGUUUAGAAGUGGCACCAUCCAUUGUAUUCAAUGCAUUUGUACUACCAUGUUUAUUUUUCGUACGACUUUGUUCUUCUAACAUUUGCGAAAAUUUUUCUGCGGAUACAAAUAUAUCGUCUAAAUUCUU